GAGCUGCUUCUGCUGAGGCUGGUCUGCCUGAAGCCUCCCAGGAGAAAGGAGAAGCCAGGUGGGAAUGGAGAGAGCGAGGAAGCCUGUAGGGUCCAGCGUCAAAGAGAAUCAUGGGGUCCAGGGCUGAGCUGUGGACUCUCUUAGGCGGAUUCUCCUUCCUCCUGCUACUGAUAUCAGGCGAGGGGGCCAAGGGUGGAUUCCUCAGAGAGAGUCAGGGAGUCUGCUCCAAGCAGACACUGGUGGUCCCGCUCCGCUAUAACGAGUCCUACAGCCAACCAGUGUACAAGCCCUACCUGACCUUGUGCGCUGGGAGGCGCAUCUGCAGCACUUACAGGACCACGUACCGCGUUACGUGGCGGGAGGUGAGGCGGGAGGUGCAGCAGACCCAUGCAGUGUGCUGCCAGGGCUGGAAGAAGCGGCACCCGGGGGCACUCACCUGUGAAGCCAUCUGCGCCAAGCCUUGCCAGAACGGAGGCGUCUGCGUUAGGCCUGACCAGUGCGAGUGCGCCCCCGGCUGGGGAGGGAAGCACUGUCAUGUGGACGUGGAUGAAUGUAGGACCGGCAUCACCCUCUGCUCGCACCGUUGUCUUAACACCGCAGGCAGCUUCACCUGCGGCUGCCCGCACGACCUAGUGCUAGGCCUGGACGGGCGCACCUGCACGGAGGGGUACCCAGAACCCCCAACCAGUGCCAGCAUACUCAGCGUGGCCGUUCGGGAGGCGGAAAAAGACGAGCGCGCUCUGAAGCGGGAGAUUCGCGAGCUGCGAGGGCGCCUGGAGCGGCUGGAGCAGUGGGCCAGUCAGGCUGGGGCCUGGGUCCGAGCGGUGCUGCCCAUGCCGCCUGAAGAGCUGCAGCCAGAACAGGUGGCUGAGCUGUGGGGCCGGGGUGACCGGAUCGAAUCUCUCAGCGACCAGGUGCUGCUGCUGGAGGAGAGGCUAGGUGCCUGCUCCUGUGAGGACAACAGCCUGGGCCCUGGCCUCAGUCAUCGAUAAGAAGCCUCUACAGCACCCCUAAUUUAUACAGAAGCCAGACCCACUAAUCCUCUGGGAUUGGCCGACUGUGAGCUGCAGAUAAGGCUAUCAACCACCAAAGAGCAACCAACAAUGGAAACUUCAGAGGGCUGAAGAAAGGGGGAGGCCUGUGUUCUGGGCCCACCCCUGAAUCUUCUGGCUGGGGGCAGGCUGCCUGGGCAAGAACUGCUUCUUCGAUUCCUUAACAAAUGCAACCACCAAGCACCCAGAUCUUUCUCUCUCUCUCUUUAUUUUCAGUUUUUUGCUGUUAUCCAGAUAAUUAAUAAAAACCAACCACGCAAAACUGG